GACGCGGUGCUUGGAAAAUUGAUGUUGCUCGAUCAAAUUCUCUUUCGUAGCCGAAAGUACCCGAAGUCGCGCUCGGCUCUUUCGGGUGUCCACAUAGAAAAUGGAGUUUAAGCGAAGCAAGCGAAGCAGCUAUUCGCCAUCGUUGAUGGGCGCACAACGACGGUUCUGAGCUGGCUGUGCCGUGUAUCUUGUGAAAAACGUGUAUUUUUGUGCUUAAUGCGAGCGAGAAGUGCGUCGAGGUGAGAUCAAAGUCGUUGACGAAACGUACGAAAAUUUUACAAAAUGUCAUCCGCACAAGUCGAUCGACCCACCAAAGUGGGCCAUAUCAACAAGAAGGAUAACGAGAAAUCAAGGAAGACAUUCAAUCCUUCUCACAAGAAGCACAAGCACGAAGAUAGUCGCCACUUCAAGUUUGGACGCAAACGUCUACAGAGUUUCUCUAGCAAUGGUAAAUUCUUUCCGCCAUAUAAACGUAGAAAGAAGGAGGGUGCUAUUAUUCCGCCAACAAAGUUUCUACUCGGUGGCAAUAUAUGCGAUCCGUUGAAUUUAAACAGCAUGCAAGACGAAGAAAUAAAUAGAGCCAUGAAUGCUGUUACGCCUAAGUCUAGCCCCCUUCCCACGCCUAAGCACAAAAAAGAGGUUAUAGAAGUUAUCAUACCUCCGAAUAUCUGUGAUCCUCUGAAUUUGAAUAACUGUAACGACAAUGACAAUGACGAAUACGAAAAGCAACUUAUAUCUCCUACGAAAAAGGGUUCUAAACGCAGAAACAGGAAGAAAAAACGAGCAUCUUCGGGUUCUGGCAAAGAUGAUGCAAACGAUCCAGCUGAAACCAAAAGCAAAGAUUGCAUUGCAACCGAUAUUACGGAACCCAUGGAGUUGAUUGCACCGGAAACUGCCGAGACCGAACAACAGCGUGCAUCGUUAAACUCGCCACCAACCAACCAACCUAAGGAAUCGAAACCAGAGAGUCCACAAAAGGACAAAAAUAAAUUGCGUUUGAAAGGUUUGGAAGAACCCAAGGAUAAGAGAUUACGAAAAGUUGAUGUCAAAGAUAAAAUAGUAAGUCCCGUCAUUCCUCAACCUGGAGCAUGGAAGCCUAGACCGCAACAUCGGCCCAGCCAGGAUAAGAAAAAAAAGCAAACAAUGCCAAAUUUCAGAGAGAAGGACGCACGUUAUCAGUAUGGUAACUAUAAUAGGUACUACGGAUACCGAAAUUUUCAACAAGAAUUGGACACAAGACUGACAGUAUUUGCACAACGUAAAGAAUUAUUUAUUGGGAAAGAUGUACUCGAUAUUGGGUGCAAUAUUGGCCAUAUUACUCUGUCUGUUGCAAGAGAUUUCUCUGCUCGCAGCGUUACUGGUAUCGACAUCGAUAGAACGCUCAUCAAUAUUGCUCGAAAAAAUGUGAAACGUUACGUUAAUUGCGUACAAUCUCCCGCUGGUAACGGAGACGAUGAUCACCAGGAUGUGAACUUCUUUCCAAUAUCUAUGCCGAUCAAUUAUGGACCAGUUGAUAUUCCCGGUUUCACAAAGAGUAAGAACCACAAAGGGUUCCCUCAUAAUGUCACUUUUGUGCAGGGUAAUUACGUGCUUGAGAACGAUGCUCUCCUGUGCACGGAACAACCUCAGUUCGACACGAUUCUAUGUUUGUCGAUCACCAAAUGGAUACACUUAAAUUUUGGAGAUGCUGGUCUCAAACAGGCUUACAAACGUAUGUUUGCACAGUUACGUCCAGGUGGUGUCUUAGUAUUGGAACCUCAAGGUUGGAGCAGUUACGCUAGGAAAAAAAAUCUUACCGAGCGGAUAUACAAAAAUUACCAGAGUAUCGAGUUUCGACCGCACAACUUCACGCAGUACCUGCUGUCCGCCGAAGUUGGUUUUUCCAAGUGCGAAGUACUGUCGAUUCCUCCGCAUCCAUCGAAAGGCUUUCAACGACCAAUUCACUUGUUCACCAAAGCUGGCCCAGCACAAGAAACUACGGAGAAUCCGACUGCAAGCACGUUAAAUAGACAAGAGCGAAGCGAUGAGGUUAGAAGAAAAGUGGAGCGUAGGAAGUACGAACAGAAGCUCUUUAAAAAAGACGAUAGCGAAUUUCAGGAGGGAAACAUGUCGGGAGUCAAUCAACAGAGUAACGAGUGCAUGAGUCAAUACGAACAAUUGGAAAACGCUUAUGCGCCUAGCACAACACCGUGUUACGACACACCGGGACACAACAACGAUAGUCAGCCAUCGGACGCGUCAAAAAUGUGUUACUUGGACGUUAGCAUCGAGAGUGAUAAAAGUGUGUCAGAGAACCAAAACUCUUCGGAUAAACAAACUCAUCAACCGCGUGAUAACUCUACGACAGAGCAUCUUAAGUUACGGAAACGAAGUAUCAACACAGCAAAUGACGUGUACAAUAUAGAUACAAAAAAGAUGAAAAAACUGGACAACACUACGAGGAGGACAGAAGCUACGAUGGAGGAAACAUCUCAUGGAUUGAUUUCUGCAAACGAAAGUGUAAAAAGAUUGGAGCAGGAGCAGCUGGGAAAGGACGAAUUAAAUACCGAAUCGGUAGUCGAUGAAGAUUUGAGUAACUUUAACUACAAGGAUACAAGGAUCACGAAACAGAGGGAAGGGGAAACUGAAUCGAGGAGUCCGUGCAAGGAAGAACAAACAGAAAGGCAACGCUGCGAACUGACCUCGGACAACACAGAGAUUGAGAGAGAAAAGGAAACGCUAAAAGCCGAGAUCGUCGAGUUUAUUGUGGCGAAACAAUCCGGACGAGAUGUCGGUGUUGUCGAAAAAAGUAUUAUUAUAUCGUGGAACGUUCGCUCGUUACGCAGCUGUGACUGUUACACGGAAAGAUUGUGAAGCGUAGAGGAUUUUUAAACGACGUAGUCGCUAUUGUGACCUAGUUUACACUGUACGCAUUUUUGAUACGCGGAUUACAAUAGCGCGAGCUAAGAAUGCAAUUCAACCGAUGAAAUUAUAGCGAAAAUGCCUAGAUUAUCAAACUUGUACAAAGUUGACGUUUUUUCAGAGGUACAUGAAAAUGAAUUCGGAUGAACAUGUUAAGGUAUGCCUUUGGAAGUAAUCGAUUUGCAUCAAACAAGUGAUAAUAACGAAGUACUCGAUACGCGUAUCGAAUGCAAGGUGUGAACUAAGUCUGUGCAAAAAGUUCCUCGGUGAAAACGGUAAUAGAGAGAGAAAAGAGGAAGGCAAGAAAACUGCAAAACCUUCUGGAAGCUUUUCGCUUCCUUAUCGUAUUAUCUAGUCUGCGUGCAUCACGGAGAAGGAACGAAACGGUCGCAACAACGGUCACUUGUUUGCUCGAGCGGAAUUUUCCUCUCGAUUCGGAAUUGUCCCUCGCGCCCAGGAACGUUUUCGUUCCAUCUGUACGUUGUGCGUAAUUUUCUGCAAUCGAUCGAUCGUUCUCGUCGAUGUUUCGGAUGAUCGUACGUUUUCUUUGUUACAGUGCAACGUCGAUCGGUUAACGACGCGAUUAAACACGCCAGAAGUAUGCUAAGAAUCGAAGAAAAUACGAUAAGAGCCCCGUUUGACCGCGAUACUCGAGUCGAUUGGUUUCUCUUUCGAUGAUAAUGGCUAACGAGUCUUCUUCAAGGAUACUAUCCGAAAAUGUAAACAAGAAAUUUACUUUAUCGUAUCGUCUAAAGUGAAAAGACUUCUUAGGAAACUGUUUCAGUAUUUUCUUUGCUAUUUCGAAUCGAAGGAAAAUGGUUUUAGAAGAGGAACGGAGCGCGUACUGUCGACGGAGCGACGACGAAACAGCACAAAUCGAUUCCGGGCGCAAUCACUUUUCCAUGUUGUGUUUGAGAGAACGAGAACAAGAUGAACCACUUAGACGCUUACCAGGAACACUCAUAGUGUAAGAAUCAGAUUAAUAAUAAAGAAUCGCUUUGAAUCACGAACUGUGUUUCAUCUGUCUACGCGCGAGGACCUGCUACAUGUACAGUUACACUGGUAUGGAAAGAUUUGGUGGCGGAGAUCAAACCAUCGUGUAUCUAAUGUGCUGAAUUUAUUGUAGUAAGAUAGCUUCUCUACACUAUUACGACUUCGCGCUAAAGAUUACGGGUAGGGGAUCGUUUAAAUUCUUUUCGUACUUUGUUUUUUUUUUUCUUUUUCAGGGCGCAUCGAAGACCAAAAUUCAGUCCUGCCUGCAAUCGUGAUACGUCGACAAUGCACAAUCUUUAAUUAUACGUAUUUAUACGUAACACAUUAAUCCAUUUGCAUCAACGAUGCACGUCUACGAUGUUCGAGUUUUUGUUUAUCAAGCAAUCACAAAAUCUUCUCUACCUCUAACAUCUUCGACAAGAACAAAAAGGAGAACUCUGUACG